AUGUAUCAUGAAAGACAAUCACGUCAAAUGUGCUUGGUUCAUGCUUUGAAUGCGUUAUUUCAAAGACCUCAAUUCACCUCACAAUCAUUGGAUGAGAUUUGUUACGCUUUGAAUGAGAAACGAUGGUUUAAUCCUCACAGGUCCAUGCUUGGUCUCGGGAAUUACGAUGCGAAUGUGUUAAUGUCUGCCCUGGGAAUGUAUGACUAUGUGGUAUUUUCAUCUCUUCCUUAA